UAAAAAAGGGGAAGAAAAACAAACAAAAGGAAAAUCAUCAUCAAAUCAAAUUCAACAAAAUUGGAACAACCUGUCUCUGCUUCAACACACACCCACGCGCCUUCUUCCACCUUGUAGGUAUAUACUGCAACUCUAUCAAUUUGCUUUGGACUCUUCUGAUUUUCUGAACCCUUUUUCGAAGUAAACGUUGUCGACAUUCAAUUUGGUCAUUGAUGUGGCCCAUAUGUCUGCUAUUCAACAAGAUUCUUAAGACGGAAGAUGAAAGAGAAUUAAAAGGAGAAAAUUUGAGUACGAUAGAAUCAUACCUGUUUCAGCAUUCAUCAUGUAACACAGAUUCCCAUCCUCCGUCGUUACGGCGUUCACUUUUCAAUGAAGUACCACUAAUAAACCAAAUAUAUACAUGGGAUUGUGGCCUUGCUUGUGUAGAAAUGGUUCUGAAAACUAUCGGUGUCAACAACUUUGAUAUUGAAGCACUGGCUGAACUAUGCCGCACAAAUAGCAUUUGGACGGUUGACUUGGCGUAUUUGUUACAGAGAUUUUCUGUUACUUUUUCCUACUUCACAGUGACAGUUGGUGCAAACCCAAACUAUUGUGGUGAAUCCUUUUACAAGGAGGAAUUGCCUAAUGAUCUAGAAAGAGUGGAUAUGCUGUUUCAGGAUGCGGUGGAGGCUGGAAUUGAUAUACAGUGCAGGUCAAUUAGUGAAAAAGAGAUUUCCUUUCUCAUAUUGUCGGGAAAAUAUAUAGCCAUUGCUUUAGUUGAUCAGAAUAAAUUAAGUUAUGUUCGGCAAGAUGUUCAUAUCCCUGGCGCCUUGAGCGAUGACUCUGAAUACACAGGUCACUAUGUGUUGAUAUGUGGCUUUGAUGCUGGAGCAGAUAUGUUUGAAAUUAGAGAUCCUGCUAGCUCUAGGAAACGUAAAAGGAUAUCUUCAAAGACUUUAGAAGAAGCUCGCAAAGCCUUUGGUACUGAUGAGGAUAUUCUCUUGAUAUCUUUGGAGAAAAGCAAGAAUGGUCAGCAACCUUCUCUGCAACUUCCCAUCAAUUCCAAUACUGAUUCUUGAUUCUCUUUCCCUAUUUUUCUUAUAUACCAUGUUCCUUGUGUAUUUUAGUUACUAUACAUAUCUUCCUUGUGUAUUUCAUUACUCAAAAUUGUAUAGUAGUGAUCAAUUCAUUGUAAUUUGUAAUCUUAUGUAAACUAUUUAUUAUUUUAUCCAACAAACAUGUUGGUCAGAAAGCUGUGAUGUCACAUUGUAUUGUAUUGUAUUGGGAACUCAAUUCCAUUGCCCUACUACUCUACUUGGACAGCAAAUGUUGUAUUAUUUUGCAUGAAGUUAAUAAAAAGUUAAUUA